GCGUUCCGUCUGUCGGACGGUUAGGCUUCAGGUGGAUAACGUAACGAUUCGGAAGGUCCCACGCGAAGAGGAACUCCGCCUCGUCGCAUUUGGUCGAAGAUGCCAUCCGGCUGGUUGGUGCUGUGGAUGACGUGGAUAGGACUGAGCAGUCAGGAGGGCCUGGAAUUCGAAAGCAUCCUCCCCGACGAUCCCGCCUCCUAUGAUAACCUGCAACCUCCCAAAGAAGACGGAAAGGCCACCGUGGUCAGGUUCCACGUCACCGUUCUCAGCCUGGACUCUAUCGACGAAGGAUCCAUGACGUACGUGGCGGACAUUUUUAUGUCGCAGAGUUGGAAGGAUCAUCGUCUUCGCCUGCCUAACAAUUCCACGGCCAAGUACCGUCUGUUGCCAGUCAGUUGGUUGUCCAGAAUGUGGAGACCCGAUUCGUUUUUCAAGAAUGCCAAGAGCGUCGUCUUCCAAGAGAUGACUAUUCCCAAUCAUUACAUUUGGCUCUAUAGUGACAACUCCAUUCUUUAUAUGGUCAAACUGACUCUGCUGCUCUCGUGCGCUAUGAAGUUCGAAUCUUAUCCUCACGACACUCAAACUUGUUCUAUGAAGAUCGAAAGUAUUUCAUACACUACCGACGACUUGAUAUUCGACUGGGAGCUGGAAUCUCCGCUGGUGGUAGACGAAUUCAUCGAACUGCCUCAGCACUACCUGGUAGAUUCUUCUCUGGGAUACUGCACCCAAGUCUAUUCCACCGGGAAUUUCACCUGUAUCGAAGUGACCUUUACUCUGAAACGUCGCCUGGGCUAUUACCUCUUCCAUACGUACAUUCCUACUUGUCUCAUAGUCAUUAUGUCCUGGAUAUCCUUCUGGAUCAAACCGGACGCCGUCCCCGCCCGCAUCACUCUGUGCGUAACCAGUCUGUUGACUCUCUCCACCCAACACGCCCAAUCCCAAAAGUCUUUGCCUCCCGUAUCUUAUAUCAAGGCCAUCGAUAUUUUUAUGUCGUCUUGCACGGUCUUCAUCUUCUCCGCCCUCAUGGAGUACGCGCUGAUCAACAUUCUUAACGAUAAGCACGUGCAAAUACAAGACAUGCAAUCUCGAAUUCCCAAUGGGAUAAAGCCAGACAGGAGGCAGUCGAACGACAACCGAAACCAGAGGACAGCUCUGCUCAUAGACAAGGUGUCGCGCGUGGCUUUCCCCGCCACCUUCCUAAUCUUCAACGUCAUCUACUGGUCCGUCUACCUCAACACCGUUUAGAACUCAUCCGAAACACCGGACGGGGUUCGGACCUUCGAUUUUCGAAAAUCUCACGACUCGACGGGUCGGGUUCUUCGUCCGAGGCCCGAAGUAUCCGCCCGGGUCGUACCUUCGGAAAGGUGCUAUUAAGAUUCGUUCUAUCCUUCUUCGGGCAGACCAAUGGUUCCGGCCGUUCCUACAAUAAACGUGUCUAGAAUCGAACCGACGACGCGACGUUGGCGUCUUCCGGUGGCAAAGAGGGGAAAUCGACCCCUCCCACCCGCCGUACAAAUGUAUUUUGCUAUUAAUCUUUCACUUCUCUUCCCGAAAACUUCAUUCUCCGGUCAUAAAAAGGACCGAAAAUAUCGAUAGAGACACUUUGUAAAUUACCUUUGGUCGGCUGCUAAAAGCGGUCCGUAACUUCCUUGUUAGUAGCGUAGAGAUUGCCGGUGUUUAUUGUUGCCAUUCGCCUCUUCGUCUGACUUUCUGCCUUCGUCUAACGCUAACGUUUUCCGAUUUUUAUCGACGAUUCUCUAAAAGCCAAAUAAUUUAUUCUCUGUUGACAAAUAAAAUCUUUUUU